GGGGGUUCUGAGCUGGUAUGACGAUUGACUGCCGAGAACGGAGGUAUAUAAACUUGAUGGUCCAACAUCUCCUUAGAGGCCAGAUUCUUUCAGAUUAAAGGAGAAAAGAACAACAAAUAUGAUAGCAAAUGGCUUUGGUGUAACAGGCCUUUGUCAGCUUGCUGCAGAGGCGAGCGCACGAAUGCAGGAGCUACCAGAGCGGUCUUACCCUAGACCUUUGCCAUUCAGCUUGAAUCUUCAAAGGCCAUCAAUAGGCAACUUAAAGGUAUUUCAAUCAAAUUUCUAUUAGAAGCACAUUCUUCCUCUUUUCCAAGCUUGCUCGGCGCUUCUGAGUUUUUCUCGAUUCGGAUCCAUUUAGCGACUGGUGUCAAGUGCAAGGUUUUUCUUCUGGCACUGCUCUCCUUCAAAUUGCGCUGUCUUGUACCAAUUCAUCUUCGCCAUCUCACGGCUAUGGCAGACAAACAUGAGGAAACGAUAACUGCCAGCGUUAACGGAGGUGACUCAAAUGAAGCACCGAAGAGCGCACCGCCAUCGUCUCCCCUCUCUUCAGCCCCUGACCAUGAGGAUGAUGAUACCCCGACGAUGGCAGAUCAACCGCCAGAUACGCCUUUGACUUCGCUCAAUGGACGAGAAAGCACCCCAGCGACGACCCCUAAAAAGACGGCCAAAGGCAAGAGGAGAGUCCUCGUGAAAAAAGUAUCGAGAAAGUCGAAAUGGAAUGCGGAUAACAUUCUGACGGAUCCUAAGUCACCUCUAGCUUCAGCUGAUCUCAGAAGCAUACUGUCAAAUCCGAUGGCCUGGGAUAUUCUCGACAAAGAAGAGAAGGCGGAAAUCCUGGCGCUGUUCCCUGAUUCCCAGCACAUUCUCAGCGCUGGCACGGAGGAUGCCUGUCCUGAUUUUGCAUCACUCAUGAACGACGACAGUUUCCGUUACGAUUGUGCUGCCUACACAGAAAACAUUGCGCAAGGCCGGCAUGACCCUGAAUGGCUAGCGCAUGCUUGGACAGCUCAUGAGAGACGCAAAAUGGGCGAUUUCGACGAAUUUCUGCACAACAGGUUCAAAGAUGAAUGGGAUGUUGAGCUACCACCAGAGAUCAAGACAAAGCGAGGACUUGUCGUGUCAAAGGAGGCAAGCGAUGUCACGAUGGAGGACACUGAGCCAGCGAAAAAUGAGAGCGACAAGAAAGAAGACGUCGAUAUGGAGAACAGCACACCGGAGAAGAAGCAGGGUCCUGAUCUUGAUUCUGAGGUCGACGAACUUCAGAGAUGUGAUCCGGCGCAAGAAGGACCUAUAGUUGUGGCUAUUGCACAGCGAAAGAGCUCGAUGAUGGAGAUUGAUGGUGUUGAUACAAAGGAUGAGCUUGCUUGAGGAUAGAAUUCGCGGGUAAAGAGCGACAUAAUGAAUUGGGGCGUUAUUAUUCAUCCAUGAUAGAACUACACCGAAAGUUUAUAGGCUGGAUGGAAUUUGCUUUAUUUUGACUUCAUUAUCAUGGCUUCAGGUUGCAAGUUAUAGUGCUUCAUCAUGAAUGCGGGAGAUGGAGUGGCAGAUAGACGGGUGACCCACUGAAUUUUAGCAACAUCCACCCCAAACAAGAUUCAGGCACUGAUUAGAAUAUUUUAUCU